CUCUCAUUAAUCCAACUCUCCAACUUGUCAAGUAUAAACUAGCUUAGUCUCCGUCCCUCUCUGUCUCUAGACCAAGCAAAAGGAAAAGAGAACAUGGCGUCAUGGUCAUCAUCGUCGACGCAGCGGAGGAGCGGUGUCAGCAGCGGCGCGACCAUGCCGUGCUCCGUGAUGAAGUUCGACGACGACCUUCUGCGCCAUGAGGAGGAGGCCGCCGAGGAGAUCCGGCGUGGCCCGUGGACCGUAGAGGAGGACCUCACACUCGUCAACUACAUCGCCGACCACGGCGACGGCCGCUGGAACUCCCUCGCCCGCGGAGCAGGGCUGAAGCGGACGGGGAAGAGCUGCCGGCUGCGGUGGCUGAACUACCUCCGGCCGGACGUGAAGCGCGGCAACUUCACCGCCGACGAGCAGCUGCUCAUCCUCGACCUCCACUCUCGCUGGGGCAACAGGUGGUCCAAGAUAGCUCAACACCUUCCUGGGAGGACCGAUAACGAGAUCAAAAACUACUGGAGGACAAGGGUGCAAAAGCACGCCAAGCAGCUCAACUGUGAUGCUAACAGCAGCAAGUUCAAGGAUGCCAUGAAGUAUCUAUGGAUGCCUCGCCUCGCUGACCACCACCUCCAGCAAGCAUCUACAGUUGGUGACCACCUUGUGUCUAGGCUACCAACGGGCUACAUGGAGAGCUCUGGUAUGGUGACAUCAUCGUCCGACUCUUUUGCAUCGGAGUCAUAUGAUGGAGCACGCUGUGCAAAUGCGAGCGUCGGAGAGAUGAUACACGGUGGGGAUUGGGUGCAAGAGCAGAAUCAAGGGUUUUGGCCUGAACCAAACCAAACUUUCCAGCUUCAAGACUCAGAGUUGUCUGGAUGGGUACAAGGGUUCUCCGAGUCUGAAAGCCUUGCUGAGAAUUUUUGGAGUUUGGAGGACAUUUGGAAGAUGCAAUGAUUUAUGGCCAUGAUUUAUGUUCUAUGUUGUAAAAGGGCUACGUGCAUAUACGAUUUAUGGUCCGCAUGCUGGUGCUGAGUUAGACGCGCCACUUAUAUGUAGGAAAAACUAGAGUUAGUUUAUUCUAGCUAACUUGAAAAUCACUAUUUUAUAGCAAAGUGAUUACAGUUUUUUCCGUUUCUUUUUUUUGUCCCUAUGUUUGGUCUCCUCAUACAAACUUGUUCUCCGCAUGAUGUGUAAUGUUACUUAUAAGUAUAUGCAAAUGUACAAUUGCACAAAUGAUUGGUAUUGAAACGUUUGUGCACUCAUAUUUAA